AGAUCAUCGCGUUUCCCUGGCAAAUCAUUAGAAUGCCUAACUCGUGUUAUUCGAAUAUUUUACUCGGACAUCGUCGAAACGAUGAAUGAUUCACUGCCGUGGGAAAAAGGCCAACGAAAAAAGACACAAAGCAUCAUGGAGGGGACGGAAGUUACAUUUUUAUUCCAAUUCGGUCUGAUACGUGACACAGUCACAGUCGACAGCAGCACACUUACUCUUAAGGCCCUGAAAGAUCUCGCCUGUGAUUUCAUAAAUACCAAGUGUCCAGAGCACGGACUGAAUCAUCUGUUUGAGAGAUUAAUUUUAUUCAAGCAUGACUAUAAUUCCACAAAUGUUCUGCAACUCGUUACAAAUGCUACAGAGGUAGUCGACGAGACGCUGGUAGAAAUCGUGUUGACUGCACAAGUGCCAAAUGAAUACAUUCCCAUUCGACCUCAUGCUUUAGCGGUACAUUCCUACAAAGUUCCAACAUUUUGUGAUUUUUGCGGUGAAAUGUUAUUUGGACUCGUUCGACAAGGUCUCAAGUGCGAAGGCUGUGGUAUGAACUAUCACAAAAGAUGCGUCAUCAAAGUACCGAAUAACUGUUCGCAAGACGCGAGUCAGAGACGGCGUAGUUCGGCUAUACUGAAUGUUCCAAGAUCGCCAAGUCAAGGUUCCACUAGCAGCCUGACGAGCAAUACUGAUGAUAAUCACAGUUCAAAUAGUACACUUAACACAAGCCAAACUAAUAGUACAUUGGCAAUACCGAGUAUAAUGGCACCAAAACAGUCCUCUUCACCUAUAUUAGGAGGGCGGCCCGUUUGGGUAGAGCGAGAGCUCGCGACGCGAAUAAAAAUUCCGCAUACAUUCGUAGUACACACGUACACGCGCCCGACUGUAUGCGGGUACUGUAAAAAGUUGCUAAAAGGUAUAUUUAAGCAAGGCCUUCAAUGUAAAGAUUGUCAAUACAAUACGCACAAAAAAUGUAUGGAUAAAAUACCAAAAGACUGUACUGGAGAAAAUCCACGAGAUAAUAUAGGCGAAUAUACAGAUAGCGGUGUUGGCAGUGAACUAGAAACCAAAUGUGAUAUUAGGAGUGAGGAAGCUGAUGCUGACAGUGACACAGAAUCAUCACCUCUGAUACAAGACGUACCAUUCACAAAUAAUGAGAAAAUACCCGGUGAUUACGUGGAUCAAGCACAUUCUAACGAUGACGUUGUUUAUGAUGAGUAUCAAAAAUCACGACGAGCAUCAAGCUGUAGUUCUACACCAAGUAACAACAUUCCAUUAAUGCGAAUAGUACAAAGUGUGAAACAUACUAAAAAACGUGGAUCUAAAGUGUUAAAAGAAGGUUGGAUGGUACAUUUCACAAAUCGUGAUCCAGUCGUGAAGAAAAAACAUUAUUGGCGGCUUGACACAAAGUCUAUAACGCUAUUCCAAAGUGAGAAUGGUUCUAAAUAUUAUAAGGAGAUUCCAUUAGCUGAAAUUUCAGCUAUAGAAACUGCUAAAAUGCCUCGUUCAUAUAUAAUGCAUUGCUUUGAGCUAAAAACUGUCAAUGCCGAUUACUAUGUCGGGGAGGAUCCAUCAUACGGAGAUAAUUGCGGCCAAGUCUCUCCUCCUGAAAGUGGUAUCGGAGCUCAUAUAGCUAGAUCGUGGGAAACUACUAUUAGACAAGCACUUAUGCCUGUAACUGUGUCAACUAAUCAGGAAGAACCUACCGAGCCCGAGGAAAACAUUACCGAUAUGUCACAGCUAUAUCAGAUCUUCCCGGACGAAGUUUUAGGAUCUGGACAAUUCGGCAUAGUUUACGGAGGUGUUCAUCGCAAGAGUGGUCGCGCGGUCGCGAUAAAAGUCAUCGAUAAGCUACGUUUUCCCACUAAGCAAGAGGCCCAAUUAAAGAAUGAAGUAGCUAUCUUGCAGAAUUUGUCGCAUAGUGGAGUGGUGAAUCUGGAACGUAUGUUCGAGACGCCGGAACGAAUAUUCGUAGUGAUGGAGAAAUUGAAGGGCGACAUGCUAGAGAUGAUUUUGAGCUCCGAGAAAGGACGACUUAGCGAACGGAUAACCAAGUUCCUCAUAACUCAGAUAUUGGUUGCACUAAAACACCUCCACAGCAAGAAUAUCGUGCAUUGCGAUCUGAAACCGGAAAAUGUGUUACUGAGCAGCGAUACGGACUUCACCCAAGUGAAGUUAUGUGAUUUCGGAUUCGCGAGGAUAAUCGGUGAGAAGAGCUUUCGGAGAAGCGUCGUGGGCACUCCGGCGUACUUGGCGCCAGAAGUCUUGCGAAAUAAAGGCUACAAUCGUUCCCUGGAUAUGUGGAGCGUUGGUGUGAUUAUAUAUGUAUCAUUAAGCGGUACCUUUCCUUUUAAUGAGGAAGAAGAUAUCAAUGAACAGAUUCAAAACGCUGCCUUUAUGUAUCCGCCAACACCAUGGAAAGAAAUUUCGAGUGAUGCUAUUGAUUUGAUCAAUAAUCUUUUGCAAGUUAAGCAGAGGAAGAGAUACACCGUAGAUAGAAGCUUACAACAUGUAUGGUUACAAGAUUAUCAAACUUGGUGCGACUUGAGGAAAUUGGAGCAGAAAGUUGGCUAUCGCUACUUAACUCACGAAAGCGACGAUGCACGUUGGAUGGCGUACAGUAAUCAAGAAACAUGACAGAACUGUUCGCCUGUUUUGAACAUCGAGACAUUACCGACUUCCUUGUCACUGCACAAAGGCUGGGCUCGAUAUGCUCGGGCUACUUUACGGCGCUUUAUUCGUGCCUGACUCAGUAAAAGUACGUGAAAACUAGUACAAUUUUGUCUUUCGGAUGAUAUCUCGAAUAUAUCGUUUCCCGUUCUAGAAUGAGAUCGAUAUCAGCAUUCUGAAUUUAUGCAUUUCAGGAUACUCUUAUUUCUUCCAAAAUACUUAAUAACAUUAUGAAACGUUCAGGAGAAGCUUCCAUAACGUUAACAUUCCCAUAAAGUGGUUCUAGCACAAAGUUAUUUUAAUUUAUAUUACACGUAGAGAUAAAUAAAUAACGAAUAAAAAAUGGACAGUAUCCUUGUUCAUGAAAUUUAGAAAUCGAAAUACCGCGUUUGUUUAAUAUAUAUUUAAUUAAUUUUAUUUAAAAAA